AUGUGCAAGCCAGAUAACAUGUCAAACCAAAUCCACAUCCACGUGACCGUCGUCAAGGACGUCCCUGCUGAGAAGCAACAGAAGUGGCUCGAAAUGGCCAAGGAGCUGGCUUCCGAGACAUGGAAAGAAGAUGGAUGCAUCUCUUACGACUUUGUUCGCAGCACAGAAAAACAAAAUCGUUUCAUCAUUGUCGAAGAAUGGGAAUCCCAAGCUCAUCUUGAUGCUCACUUCAACACGCCUCAUUUUCAAACGCUUGUACCUUUGAUGGAUGGCAUGAGUGAGACCGUCGAACUGGAUGUGAGCCAAAAAGCUUUGGCCAUCUCUCGUCAUAAUGAUACUAGCAGUGGCGUCAGUCGAAAGCAUCGAAAUGGCCGUAUUCUAGUUCUCUACGAUACUUCCUCAGGAUCUACUGCCAUGAUCGCUGACCUUAUUGCUGAAGGAGUCAAGCUUCUCGACAAGAUGGACGUCCGAGUCCGCGUCGUUCCUGGAGCCGCUGCCACUUGGGAAAAGCCGGAAACCAAGCGAGAUAUCUCGCAUCCGUUUGCUACUUUUAACGAUGUCUACUGGGCGGAUGGUAUUGCUUGCGGUACUCCCACAAACUUGGGUGGGAUCUCUUAUCGCAUGAAGCAAUUCUGGGACGAAUUCUCGCAGGCUGGAGGUUGGGGAUCGACCGACGGAAAGAUCGCUACUGCCUUUACUUCUCAAGGAGGACAUGGAGGGGGUGGUGAACUUGCCGCCAUGGCAAUGCAGACAGUCCUCAUGAACUUUGGAUUCUCUUGUUUUGGAAUUACGGACUACACCGGUUUCCUCGACACCAAUCAUUAUGGGUCGAUCAUUGCCAAGAAGCCAAGAAAUCUUGAAGACAAACGAAAGUGCCGUCGCCAAGGACUUCGAUUGGCAGAAUUCGUUGGAUAUUACAUCAAUGGAAGAGACGAAGCUAAUCCCGUGCAUACCAAAAAUGCAGACAUUAAAUUCUACAACUUUCCAGGAAUUCCAUCCCGCAGCGUUCCGUCUGACGUCUUAGAUGAGCGCACAUCAGCUCCACAUGUCUCGCUGGAAGGCAGGAGCACAGAGGCAAGGAAGGCUCUCAUCUUUACAAAGAUGGAAGACUAUGUUCAUGAUUCUACUCCUGCCAUGGCAUCAUGGGUCCUUUGCAAACUUCAGGAAUUUGGAUGGAAGGGUGUCGUCACGGACGACAAGGACUUUUUGGAAUCGGAAGAAAAGCUAUCAGCAUAUGACCUCGUCGUCUUUUUGAACAACUCUGGUCAAAUCUUCGACAAGACGGAAGCGCUCAUGAAGCAUAUUGAGCAAGGAAAGGGUGUCGUUGGAGUUCACGCUGCCAUUGCUGCGUUUCUCAAUGGAAAGGAUGCGUCCGGGGCUACCGUCAUGGAACCAACGUCCGAGAUUUUUCACACCAUCUUUGGGUCACACUUCAAGAAUCACCCACCAGUACAAAAAGGAAAGGUCUCAAUGAACUUCAAGAACGAUCUUGGGCCAAACCUUGUCUCAGUUCCUUCUGAAUUCAUGCACACGGACGAAUUCUUCAACUUUACCAAGAAUGUUUACGAUGAUCCAAGCAUUACAGUCGUUGCGUCAUUGGACGAAAGCACCACUGAUGGCGGCCUAAUGGGAGAACGACAUCCUUUGGCUUGGUACCGGAAUAUUGGCGAACAAAAGGCGCCAGUAUUCUAUUCGGCAUUGGGACACUUUUCACACUUUUACAAUGGAACCGGUGGUGCCGACAGUGAAUAUGUAACCACCAUUCUCGAGGCUGGUCUCCGAUAUUGCUGUGACAACUCAUAG